UACAUUCCCACCAGCAGUGCACAAGUGUUUCGGUUUCUCCACAUAGGAGAAUCUGCGAGAAGUCUCUAUGAUGGUUGCUUCAGCCCUCAGUAGAGUCUCCUGUGCCUGUGUCCACCUGGUGAGCAAGGCCAGUUAUGUGUCCCGAGGCUGUCAGCAUCAGAGCUGGGGCUGGAGGCCUGCUGCUUCUGAUCUUGCUGCCCCAGGAGCUCCUGGUGGUGUGGUGGAGCUGCUGGGCAAGUCCUACCCUCAGGAUGACCACACCAAUCUCAGCCGGAAGGUCCUCUCCAAGGUAGGCAGGAAUCUGCACAACCAGCAGCACCACCCUCUGUGGCUGAUCAAGGAGAGGGUGAAGGAGCAUUUUUACAAGCAGUAUGUGGGCCGCUUCGGGACUCCACUUUUCUCGGUCUACGACAACCUUUCUCCAGUGGUCACCACCUGGCAGAACUUUGACAGUCUGCUCAUCCCAGCUGACCACCCCAGUAGGAAGAAGGGGGACAACUAUUACCUAAAUCGGACACACAUGCUGAGAGCACACACGUCAGCUCACCAGUGGGACUUGCUGCACGCUGGGCUGGACGCCUUCAUCGUGGUGGGCGAUGUCUACAGGCGCGACCAGAUUGACGCCCAGCACUACCCUGUUUUCCACCAGCUGGAAGCUGUCCGGCUCUUCUCCAAGCACGAGUUAUUUGCUGGCAUAAAGGAUGGAGAAAGCCUGCAGCUGUUUGAACAGAGUUCGCGCUCUGCCCAUAAGCAAGAGACACACACCAUGGAAGCCAUGAAGCUUGUAGAGUUUGAUCUUAAGCAAACACUUACCAGGCUUGUGACAUAUCUUUUUGGAGAUGGCCUGGAGAUCAGAUGGGUAGACUGCUACUUUCCAUUUACUCAUCCUUCCUUUGAGAUGGAGAUCAACUUCCACGGAGAAUGGCUAGAAGUUCUUGGCUGUGGGGUGAUGGAACAACAACUGGUCAAUUCAGCUGGUGCUCAAGACCGAAUGGGUUGGGCUUUCGGCUUAGGAUUAGAGAGGCUGGCCAUGAUCCUCUACGACAUCCCUGACAUCCGUCUCUUCUGGAGUGAGGAUGAGCGCUUCCUGAAGCAGUUCCGUGUAUCUAACAUUAAUCAGGAGGUGAAGUUUCAGCCUCUUAGCAAAUACCCUGCUGUGAUAAACGACAUUUCAUUCUGGUUGCCUUCUGAGAAUUACGCAGAGAAUGAUUUCUAUGACUUAGUCCGGACGAUUGGAGGAGACCUGGUGGAAAAGGUUGAUCUUAUAGACAAGUUUGAACAUCCAAAGACACACAAGACCAGCCACUGCUACCGCAUCACCUACCGCCAUAUGGAGCGCACCCUAUCCCAGAGAGAGGUCGGGCACGUCCACCAGGCUGUGCAGGAGGCUGCGGUGCAACUGCUAGGUGUGGAGGGCAGGUUCUGAUGUCACCGCCUCACCUGGGCUGCGGCACUCUCAGGGCUCUAGGAUUUGCUGAAAGAGGAAAGAAAUGGUUUGUGGACUGCGGCAUCAGUCAUUUUUGAUAAAUGGGUCAGUUUUAGGAUUUUUAGAAAAUAAAGGAUCACUCUUGAGAAACU